UUCUCUUGCUUGUUAUUUCCGGUAUUAUUAUUUUUGGAUGCUGAUUAAAUUGGCAUAAUAUGAUUGAACUCACUUUUGCUUCAGGAAAAUUCGACUUAAAACUAGAAAAUAUUAAACUGUUACCCUUAAUUCUCUUUUAUUUAAAGGUGGGGCUUUCUACUCGUUUCAAUUCUAACUUUCUUCAACUUUUGGUACUACCUCCUUGUACUUAUCUGUUUGCCUUGUACACAAGAAAAUUCUGUUAGACAUUUGCUCAAACAAGAUAGACACGAAAACUUGGUUUAUUCAGCAAAGAAAAGGGAUCGAAAGUUGAUCAAGUCUUUUGCAGAACUGCGCUUUGCAAGGAUGGUGUAAAAUAAUUUUUAUGGGGGGAUAAUCAAUCUUAAACGGGGAUAAUCAAGGCUAGGUGGUUACAAUAUCUAGGUGCUGUUUGAGCAGAUUGAUCAGCUUUUAUACUAAACCACAUACACAAUAAAUCAAUUACUGGAUUCCUUUCUGUUCGUUUUCUAAUAAUUUUUUUCUU